GCCAAUUGAACUGAAUAGGACUCAAAAUUAUAAACCACAUUAAAAGAACACUCAAGCUUGGACCAGCUGCUUUAAUUUUAGGAAUGAGAAAAAAGAAAUGCAUUUUUUAAAACCAAAGAGAGCCAGUUGAGCUGAUACCACUUUGAGAACUGACAAUGACUUCUUACUGCAUAAAGCACACAUACCUCAAGUGCUUGAUAGUGCAUGGUCAAUGACUUCAUGAAAGGGUUAGGUUCAACGUCAAAGUCAUGGAAAUGUCAAAUAUUCAAUCCUCAUUUCUAAUUGGACGAAGCUAUGAAGGUCUACGUGACGUACGUAACGUAGGUUUGAAAGAUCUAUGCGCCGUUGUCGUAUUGCAUUCAAUUUCACACAGGUCACUACAAAAUAGAAUUUAGAGUUCCAAAUAUUCUACUUAAACGUUUAAAUUUAAUUUAUUUGAUAGCCGCUAUAUUAGUAAGCAUUUGUUUUUGCUUUUGCAGAUUCUGUGCUUUAUACAUUUGCUAGUUUUUGUAGGAGUCGUCCCAAAUUUUAGAAUAAUUAUAAAUCGAGGAGGAUUUGGAUUCACGAGUCGGCAACAUGCACUGACGGAAACUACAGGUGAAAAUAAAAAAAUUUGGCAAGAGAAAAUAGAAGAGACAUUAGAAGAACAACUUACAGCACAUUGGAAUAAUUCAAAAUGUGUGAAAACAACAAAUGGGAUUCUAGUCAAAUUCGAAACUAUGACUUGGACUUGCAGCCCAUACCAAGAUUGCAUUAUAAAGACCCAAAAGUAGAUGAGCUUAUGAAAACGAAUCAACCUGUACUACUAAGUGGGUCCAAUAUUGCAAAACCAGCAGUGGAUAAGUGGACUCUAGAAUAUUUGGAAGAGAAUUUAGGCAAAUGUGGGCAUACUGUGUAUGUGUCCAAAACUCACAAAUUCAAAUACUUUAAUAGGGAGAAAAUACUCAGUAAAGCAAAUCCAAAAGGGGUAGAAUUCACAAGCGAAACUAAAAGUGUUGAAAUGAAAGUGUCUGAUUUUAUGAAAAAACUGAAAGAAUGGAAGCAGGGAGACGACAGGCUUUACCUCCAACAGUCCCUAAAUUCAUCUGUUGGUUCAGCAAUUGUUAAAGAUUUCAUGGGGUUUGAGUGGCGAUAUGUGACUGAGAAAAAAAUUCGGCAUGGUUGGGGAGAGUUGUCUGCAAACCUAUUAUUCAUAGCUAUGGAAGGCAAUUGUACUCCAUGUCAUUAUGAUGAGCAAGAGAACUUGUUUGCUCAAAUCAAGGGGUUCAAGAGAUGCAUCUUGUUUCCUCCAGAUCAGUUUGAAUGCUUGUAUCCCCACCCAGUCUAUCAUCCACAUGACCGACAGAGCAUGGUAGACUUUGAUGAACCUGAUUACAUAAAGUUUCCAAAGUUCAAGAAUGUCAAAGGAUUUGAAACAGUUGUGGGACCUGGUGAUGUCCUGUAUAUCCCAAUAUACUGGUGGCACCACAUAGAAUCGUUACUGGCAGAUGGACCAACGGUUACUGUCAAUUUCUGGUAUAAGGGAGGACCCUCCUGCUUGGAAUAUCCCUUGAAAGAUGACCAGAAGGUGUCAAUAAUGAGGAAUGUUGAGAAAAUGCUACUGGAAGUCCUGCAAGAUCCCAAAGAAGUGGGACCCCUUUUACGAACGAUACUACUGGGAAGAUAUGUUGAUGUACAGUCAUUUGAAAACAUCCAGUAAAAAACAUUUCCUGAAAUAUGUCCUCGUCCUGAAAAUUAUCGCAUACUGUUGAAGGAAGUGGUAUUGCCUGGGAGAAAUACCAGAUCAAUGUAGUGCGACUAAUUUUGAAAUUUGAUAAUUAUCCGGGUCGAAAGUGCAAUGGCUGUUUAAUAAGCCUAGACCCAUAACACUUAUCUACUCAUCUACAUCUCAGCCAGUAAAAAAACCUGAUGAAAAUGGGGUCGACAUUUUAAGCUGGCCACAUUGCCAAGAAACCGUGAUGAGAGUCAAGGGUGGUAGUACUUAAAACUUCUCAAGUACAGUUGACUCUCAAGAGUGACUAUUAACAAUACACUUUACAAUUUUCAACAGGUAUUUUUAGGUGCUAAAGAACCUGCUUUCAAAAUAGUACUGAAGUAGAUAACAUUAAUGUAAACUUCAUUUGAAGCUUGGGCUUAUGAGGGUGGGUGGAAUAUCAUGAAAUUUGGGCAUAUCAGAUUCUUUUGAUGUGUGGAAGUGAAAGAUCAUCUGAUAUCAUUGCUUAUGGUCAUUGAAACAGCUUAAAGUAGGAGAACUCUGUUGGAAGCAUUGAGUACACACAAUUGUUGCACUUACCAUUCAUUAUUAAGCAUUAAAUGUAAGUUUAGUUUGAUGCUUAACAUUUAAUUUGACAUGUCAAUGCUGGCGCUUGAAAUGAGUUUAUAUGAUGAUUUGCAAUGUUCACAUAUUUAUUGAUUUAUUUGGUUCCUAAAAGUGAUCAGUUUAUCUGUAUAAUGUUAGUUCUGUGAUUGAAUCAUCAUAAUAUUAGUUAUAUAAUUAAUAUUUCUUUAUGAUGAACAUAUUUAUUUGUAUCUAGUUUGUUUAAGCCUAUAUCUGCCCUGAAUUUUAUACUUAACUAGCGUAAAGUUUUAGUGGUAAUGCCUGUAUUUCUAACAUCACAGGCUAUGUGAAAUUAUCACUAUAUUUUUGUAUACAUUCUGUAUAAACUUAUAAUUAUUGUUCCGAUAGAUUUUAUUCCAAGGAAAUCUAUUUCUAUUGUAGAUUUUUAGACCAACAUACAGUCAGAAAAUAAAUUUUCCGAAAAUAAGAAGCCUCUAUGUUCUGUACCCGACGGAAAAAAUGGCGUCAAGUAGGUAUACUCUGUACUUCCGAAACCACUCUGUCAUCGUUUCAUAAAGC